AUGGCGGCGGCUGCGCAGGGAGGGCUGCUCGGCAGGCUGGUCUCGGUGCUGGAGACCUACCGGGGGAGAGACCGAGUGGUUCGCACCCUCUGCUAUGGCUGCCAGCUGGCGGGAGGGGCGCUGGCCAGGAAGGACCCUGCCCGAGCACCAGUUGGGGGCAGCCUACUAGCCCUGGCAGAGCAGCUGAGCCACUGCCGGACAGUCCUGCGCCUCUUCGAUGACCUGGCCAUGCUGACCUACAGCUGUCAGUAUGGGCUGGGGGCCAAAGAGGAGGACUCCAUAGUGCGCUGGCUCUCUGUCCUCAACAACCUGGCCGACCAGCUCUACUACCCCUGCGAACACGUGGCCUGGGCUGCAGAUGCAGAGAUCGUCCGUGCCAACGCACCCAAGUGGUGGGCACUGAGCAUGGCACUCUGGGGAGCAUCUCUGCUCCUGGGGAUGGCUCGCUCUCUGAGAAUCCUGACCCAGCUCAGAUGGAAACUGCAAGCACAGCCCAGCAGCGCCAAGGAGCUGAGGGCCCAGGCAAAAGCAGAAGCGCUGACCAUCCUCAGCAACGCAGCCGAUCUGGCCAACGCCAUCCACUGGCUGCCUCCGGGACUUCUCUGGGCUGGGAAGUUCCCCCCGUGGCUGGUUGGCCUUCUGGGGACAGUCUCUUCUCUGACUGGGCUCUACCAAACCUACGAGAAGGUCAGCACCGGGACGGUGUGAGAAGCCGAUUCAGGCAGCCGGCUGGCUGGCAUCCAGCUCGGGCAAGCACAGCAACUCUUCCACCAGGGUAAUUUCUGCUUCCAGCACAGCACAGUACCGGGGGGACACAACUGGCAGGGCAGCACUGUGGAUGCCAGGGGAUGAAGCCAAGUCCAGGGGAGGUGGGGGUCCCCCUCCACAUUCCUGCAAACGGGUUCCCAGCUUGGGGGUGGGUGGGGAGACCUCCUCCUCUAGAGGCCGCCCCCCCUUGGGGGGGGGAGGGGGCCAGCUGCUCACUGUGAGACAAAUCAGGGCAAAUAAGAAUAAAGAGCAAGACUG